GCCGCUGAUGCUCCUGUCGCCUGAGAAACACUACUCGGUUUUUGGGUGUGGACAGAUAAACUCGGUUUAUGGUGUAUGUAUACCAUCACCACUUGGAACAUUCUUCAUCUACAACCACAAGCACUGCCGCUGACGCGCUUGGUUAAAAUAUAGAAGGCAAAGGAUCUUAGCACCCUUACCUGGAGUUCGCAUAAGAGGACUCUGAAAAAUGCCUUGAGUUGUGGAGGAAAUCUUCUGAGCGAUUCUUCUGGAUGUGACAGAAGCAUAUAGUGAUAUUGGAUCUUGCUAAAUUUGCCGGAUGACUCAUUCAAACAUGGUUCAUCGCCUUUUGUCAAAGGUUGUUAUAUUGAUGUGCGUUAUGCGCGUAUUCAGAGCUGCACCUGCGACAAGAAUAGAUUCAAUAUGGCCUGACAACGAACCCAGCCCCCUUGUUGUUGAUACCAAUGGAGGUUGCUCCGAUCGGGGAUUAAGUGAUGCCUGCAGCCUUUUAAGUAAUGUGUGUAAUACAGGAACAUGUAAAUCUAAAGGCUGUACCUAUGUUUGUGUUUGCCCUGAUGGUUAUGGAGGCAGUUUCUGUGAAACACUUCUGUCGUCCCAACAGUCAAAUGGCAAUGGAAACGGCCACAGUAAUGGAAACGGUAAUGGAAACGGAAAUGGAAAUGGAAACGGAAAAAGCAAAAUAAUUGCUGCCAUUGAUUCUUUGGAUUUCUUGGAUCUUGCUCUGUUUUCGUUUACAUCAAAAGCAACGACAAGUGCCACCACAACUUCCCAACGUCCAACAACAACCACAACAGUUGCAACUACGACGACCCGGGCGACAACUACUCCAGUCCUUACGGAUGCAACAACAAGCAUGACAACAACACAAGCAUUGGAAUCCACAUCAGCGGACGCCUCUACCACAUUUGGAAUUGUAUCUUCAAAUGGUACAACGCCAAGAGUUUUCACAAGCACUCGUCUUACAAGUUCUUCUACAAUCUCGCCACCGACAUCAGUGAUGCCUACAUCAAUCACGACAACAAAAGACACAGACACGUCAUCGACAGACAGUUCUACUCUAGAUACCAUGACAAGGUCAGUCUCUAACAAGGAAUCCACAAUAGGUUCUCAGGCUGCUGUUGCUGCUGACCUUGUACGCCAUAAAGCAGCGCGGGGCAAGUCGUUAACACAACGUAUUGCGCCUAGUGCUUCUACAACAACUGUGCAUCCUACAGAAACAGUUACGUCGUCUCCUGUACUCACUCCUGCUGCAAUCUCUUCAACAAAUAAUGUGUCUAAUGAUGCCUCAACUGUCACCACUACUGCCAAAACAAUAUCGCGUAUCCCAACAAAUGAUGCGGUUACUACGACGUCUUUACCUAUAGAAUCGGGAACGUCAUCCAUUUCACCAUCGUCGUUUCCAGAAACAACAGCAUCAACUACAAACCAGUUAGACAUGACAUUAAUAACUGUGAAUGACUCGGUAACAAACGAUACACAUUUUUCAGCAGAUAUUUCAGCAAUUACGACAACUGACUCCAUUCAGAUAUCAACACAGUCAAGUACAUCAACAAAGUUAACAACAAACAACCAUGUGUCAACAAAUGUAAAACUGGAUUCUGCAUCUUCACAAAUGUCAACAAACGCAUCAUCAAGUUUUGGAACUGAAACUAGCACCGCAUCUGGUCUAUCAUCAUCAGUGUCACCUUCCAGUGUCAUAUCAUCGGGAAAUACAACGAAUGAAAAAACUUUAACAUCUGAAAAUGGGACGACAGUGGUUACAAGUCAUGAGACAACAACAGCAACAAUUGGAACAACACCAAAUGAAACUGACAUGUUACUUGAGAAGACAACUACAGUUACAGCUAUGACGACGACCACCAAUCCUACAACAACAAAAACAUCGACAGGAGCAACAGCUUCAGGCACUGGUACAACUGAGAUGACAUCAUCAAAGAUGAAGACAGUGAAGCACGAAGUACCAUUAAUUUCAAAGUUGAGCACUGGGAUACAACAACAAUCUAGAGGUACAACACAAACAUCAUCUCGGCGGACAACUGCCAUUAUAACCACCUCUUCAGGUAACUUUGUUACAACAUCAUCUUCAGUUACUACUUCUUCCAUACAAGUUAAGCCAAAGACAACACCUUCCACGUCUCAAACAACAACCGUUACUUCAGAAACUGCCAAACCAACAGCUGCAUCAAGUAUGUCUAAUCCACCAACCUCCGCAACCCCAGCAACCGUUAAGCCAAGAGCAACACAACAAUCCCCCAAAGCAACAACUACACCAAGCACAUAUCGCCAACGUGCCACUGAGAUAUCGCCAUCUGCACUUGGCAGUGUUUUAGGAUUUCAACAUGCUUUAAAUAACUGGAGUAACAGAUUUUUAUCUACUCUUCCUGAACUUGUCCCAACUGCAAUGGCAGGCAGACUAAGUGCUCCAAUGGGUCUCGCCGGGACAGUUUUCAACAGACAAACUAAUGGUAGCGAAACCAGUGUCCCCUCCUCAAAAGGUGACAAUGGACAUUCUUCCAAUAGUGACAAUGGACAUUCUUCCAAUGGUGUCAAUGGACAUUCUUCCAAUGUUGACAAUGGACAUUCUUCCAAGGGUGACAAUGGGCAUUCUUCCAAGGGUGACAAUGGACAUUCUUCCAAGGGUGACAAUGGGCAUUCUUCCAAGGGUGACAAUGGACAUUCUUCCAAGGGUGACAAUGGACAUUCUUCCAAGGGUGACAAUGGACAUUCUUCCAAGGGUGACAAUGGAAACUCAAAAGUCGUUGAUAAUAGACAUACAUCUGUAAUUGUGCAGAACAACACUAACAAUGCAACAGAUAUGGUGGUAGCUAAAGGUGAUAAUGGCACGAACUUGCUCACCGGUGGCCCCAGUGGCCCCAAUGGCACUGAUACUGACAAUGGACAUACUGCAAAUGGUAACGGUGAGAAAAAAUUGCAAAGUACUAUUGUUAAUGCAAAUAAUAAUGGUCAUAGUAACAAUGGUAAUGGCACAGACAAUGGUCAUGGUACUGAGGGUGGUUAUAAUGGUCAAGCAAUCGGAAAUAAUGGUGGCAAUGGCAAUGGUCAGAGUUCUAAUGGAAAUAUCGGCAAUAAUGGACAAAAUGGUGAUGGAAACAAUGGGAAAGUAAUACCAUCUUCAUUUGAUCAGGUGUUUGGGCAACUAAUUGAUACCAUAGAAGCUUCUUCAAAUUUUCAUCUGCCUGUGAUGACUAGUGGAGGGAUGCCUUUAGAUUUGCAGAGUCAGCCUGUUCCUGAUCCAAGCGCAUUAGUUUUUACUCUACCAUUGGUUAACGGUGGUCCAGCUCAAAACAUAGGUAUUAGUGCUGCUGUUGUUGGUGAUUCUGGAACUCCUGGAAACGGGGGUCCGUCUGGGACAAAACAAAAUAUGGACUCCAGAGAGGGAACGGCACCACCUCUUGGUGCUAUUACAAGAGUAGACCCACUUGCUGGUGUCUUCCCAAACUGGCUUGGGCUGGAGACACAGAGAGAUAUACGGGAUCUUAUGCAACAGUCAAAAUCAGUAACUAGAGAGCUACAGGAUAUUGUAACACUAAAAAAAGCUUCUGAACCAAAGGCAUCUGGCAUAGAUGGAAAGGACAUAAACACCGAUAGCAAACCAAGGAACAUCUCAUUGGAACCAGAAAGCAAAAACAAGACAUCUGAAUAUUCGGAUGACAAGAAACCCGAAUCGACAGGUGGAAGUUCAAAGCAGGAAUGGUCAGUUCAGAAAGAAAGGGACAGUUCAAAGACACUAAAGAUAGCUUCUGAACCAAAGGCAUCAGGCAGGGAUAGAAAUGAUCAAACCACCGAUAGCAAACCAAAGCACAGCUCAUCGGAACAAGAAAGCAACAAUAAGACAUCUGAAUCCUCGGAUGACAAGAAACCCGAAUCGACAGGUGGAAGUUCAAGGCAGGAAUGGUCAGUUCAGAAAGGAAGGGACAGUUCAAAAAAGUCGGAUUCACCUAAUUCUGAGGACGCGAUGAAGCGUAAGGCUGAACAAGCUGCACAGUUGGAGAUAUUUGGUCAUCAGCUACGAUCAUUGAUAAGACAGGCAUCGUUCAUGCCACAAACCCAGCCUGGAAAUGAUGAAAAGGAUGUUCCAGAUUCCUCCGGAGGACACACAGGGGAGUCUAGUAUAAAUAAACAUUCAGACACAAGUCAUCAAAAGAAAGAAAAACAUAAUUCCAGACCCGUGUUACACGUAAGCAAAGACGAUCAUAUACAUGAUUCAGGAGGAUCUUGAAAAAUGUUCAUAAUACAAAUAAUUCAAACAUGCAGAUUAAACAUUUCUUUUUGAAAUUCUGACAUGUUUUGUUCUUGAAAAAUAAUUGGUGCAUUGCGUUCAACGUAAGUUACAUGUUCAUGGUAGAUCCUGUUCUAAACCUCUCCUGUGUAUUAGGUUUUAUUUACGGAAACAAACAUGUUGUUUGCUGGCGUAAUCUUUUACAUAUUCCACAUAUUUAACCAUGCAAUUCAUGUAGUUUUUAAUAUGAGACGAUAUAUUCAAGUGUUAUCAGUUUUCCUUAACAAACUGCACAUCUGAAACGUGAAAUGACAAAAUGAAACUUUUUUAUUACUGUUUUAUUGAAUAGCAUACUUUGUUGUCGUAAUUAAGAGGAAACAUGCUAUCUCCAACAACUAGUACAGUAUUUUGCCAGUUAUAUUUCUCAAACUAUAUUGUAUGUUUACAUAAACCUUAUUAGUUAAUGAAAGUGAAAAUACUUUAACGUCAUAGUAUGUAUUACGUCUUCCGGGAUCAACUGUUUCUGUUCUAUAUAAACGUCAUACUUGUGCCGGUGAUGAGAUUAAUAUACAAUAAAUCUAUAUAUUUUGAAGUAAAAUUAAGUCUUCUUGAUGUGUAUGUAUUAAACAGAGUUCAUAUAAUUUAUUAAGACAUGUAUUCCAACGGACAGAAGUACCAAUUAUGUGUAUAUCAAAGAAUGUCUAUAAUUAUUAUAUUUGAUUUAUUAUUGUGUCUUUGCAUUAUUAUGUUUUGGCAAUCACAAGGAAUGGUAUGUGAGAUAGUAUGACAUCCACCGCUGUGUUCAUACAGUGCUGACUUUAUCAAUUCAAGUGUUACUUGUGUUGUUCACUACUAAUUGUCUAAAGACUAUUUCGACUUAAAUAUAUCGCGCCAUUUAAAUAAAAGUCCCAUUUGUUGUUGACAUUCUAUUAAGAUCAUUUUGCCAUGUUUAUAAAAAGUUAACGACAAUUGUAAUGAAAUGAUUAUACAAUGAAGGCAGCAUUUCGCAGAAUUUGUUUUAAAAAAAUCAUCUCAUUACUAAUGCUACUUGGUCCUUUGAAUAAGGUGUCUCACUCAUACCAGCAUACUGUAACUGUAAAAAAGGAAUCAUAUUUCCAACACUUAUGUCGCUUCUUCAAAGAUUAUGAUACAAGUGUAGGAUAUGCUGAGGUUGAAUGUAUACUCUUUUAAGAAUGAUACAAUAUGUUAAUAGAAGGGGAACUUUGAAAAUGCGUUGUAAUUAAAGGGUCUAAAUGAUCUGAAACUUACAUGAGGUGUAAUGUGUUUGUUUUUGCACCAUUAUUACACCAUUGAUGUGUAAAAGCUGUCGUUUUGUAGUUUAUGGAUAACGAUCGCCAGCACACGUAGAUCCCUACAAAGCGACCCCUUGUAGCGCUAAGGCGAUCCUAUCUCAUACCUUGCAGAAAUGUAUGACGGUUUUUACUGUUGAUUGCUUUUUAAGAAUGGCCCCUGGUUAUAUAUGCAGACUGUGCAGUGUGUUGAACGCAUCAAUGUUAUACUUGGCGCUGGGUGGGGUCUCACAGAUAGUUUAAUAAUUCAGUAUCGACAGUAUUUAAUUAAGUCACUUAUUAUGUCUGUUUCUAAUUAGAAAGCUCCCUCAAAAUGAAUGACGUCAUCUGAAACAACAUAAGCUCCGUUAUAUCUGCAGCAAACGUAUGCGUCCGCCAUCUUGGACUCACUGUACGGACGCGGCCAUUGAGCUGAACAGGCCUGGGUUGGGUUUUUCCCAGUGAACACUGAUUGACAAAGCACCGCUUUGGAGUUGCUGUUCUCCUGUUGGCUCCUGGUGAAUGGAGCUGUGCGUGAAAAAAGGAUGUCACUAAAUAUGCGUCCUAGUUAUUUUGCUUCCGUAUUCCAUCAUAUAUGGACAGUUCUUCAGUGACAAUGAUUGGCAAAAACAUGUUACAAUAUCCAAUGGAGUAGCAAUUUCUUGAACCAUUGGGAAAAUGUCACAUUGUCAUAUGUGACAUUGUUAUGUAAAUAACGUUGUUUCGAAUUCAUUUGUACAUAUAUUUAAUCUAUGAAUUAUCCAAUAGAAUAAAUCUAUUUAUUUA